AUGCCACAGAUUCUAUCGUCUGUCAACGUCACCGUUUUCGGGACUGCGUCCGCUACACCGUCUUCAUCACGCAACCACUCCGCUCUCGCCUUGCGUCUCAACGGCGAUACCUGGCUCUUCGACUGCGGCGAGGCGACCCAACAUCGCAUACAGAAGAGCAGCGUGAGAUUGGGGAAAAAUAUCAAGAAGAUAUUCAUCACCCACACUCAUGGCGACCAUAUAUUUGGAAUUCUGCCCCUCAUGGCUGCUGUCCUGAACGGUGCAGGGGGUAUGAUUGACGUCGCACAGGACACAAGACUACAGUCGAGCACUACAGAGGAGGUCCAGCCUUUAGAGAUAUAUGGCCCCUUGGGCACACGAGCCUUCAUCCGCGCCGGUUCUUUCUAUUCGUACACAAACUUCGGCGCGCCCUACGUGGUGCAUGAACUCCGUUUCCCCUCCGAUCCUUCGGACGGGGACUACACCGAGCUCCCUCUGCGACUGCCCGAACGACCAGGACGUAACAUCGCGCAGACAGACGGCGUGUGGAAGGACAUAUUCCGCGACGAUAUCGUCAGCGUGUCCGCUGCGCCUAUCCUGCACUCGGUCCCCUGCGUAGGGUUCGUGGUCACUGAGCUACCAAUACCAGGCAAAAUCAACCCGAAGGACUACAUACCCCACCUCAAGCGAAACAAAGCGCCAAUGAGUACGAUGAGGCGAUUACAAGAUGGAGAGAGUAUCGAGCUACCUGACGGUACGGUCUUGCAUGGGCCGCCAAGGAAGCCAGGACGCAAGCUGGUUAUACUGGGCGACACUUACGACCCUUCACCGAUCACCGACUUGGCCCUUGAUGCGGAUCUCCUGAUCCAUGAAGCCACAAAUGCGCACUUGCCCGGCACUGACCCCCGGACGAAGGACGGAGACACUUACGAGGGUGUAGAGGCGCAGUCGACGUCGCGCGGACAUUCAACCCCACAGAUGGCGGGUGCAUUCGCAAAGCGGAUACGCGCACGAAAACUACUGCUCAAUCACUUCUCCGCCCGCUAUGUGGACGACGGCGAGAGUGAAGAGGCGAAGAAUAUUAUGGAGGCCAUCAGAGGGCUGGCAAUGCAAAAGUAUGACGGGCCAGUCGUCUGUGCAAGGGACUUCAUGAGUUUCGAUGUAGAAUUGCAUAAUUAA